UCUGUAGAUAUUUAAUUUUAUAUAAAAUUUCUGUGGACGAUACGAGAGAGAAAGCAAACAUAGAGCAAAUCACAGAGAAGAGGAGAGAGAGACGAAGAAAACAAGAGAGAGAAAAUCAAGGAGAAGAAAACAAGAGAGAGAUGAUAUCUGUAGGCUGCCGAGCUCUUUUUCCGAGCCCUAGUUGGUUGAGUCAUGGAAAGCCAUGGAAAUUGGCUGUUCGAGCUGCCGCAGCUGCAGAGGGAACCAAGUUAAGCACACUGCAAGUUGCCAUUGAAGCGAAAGAUAGUGAUGCUGUCAAAGAAACACUUGAUCAGUUGAGUCAAGUUGGUUGGGCCAAAAAAUGGAGUUCACAGACGUAUGUUUCACGCCGUACGACAUCUCUGAGAGAGCUGACAACUCUUGGCAUAAAGAAUGCAGAGAACCUUGCAAUUCCAAGUGUUAGGAAUGACGUGGCUUUCCUUUUCACUGUGGUGGGAACCACAGGAUUUCUGGGUGUUAUUGCUGGCCAGCUUCCUGGGGACUGGGGUUUUUUUGUGCCUUACUUGCUUGGAAGCAUCUCUUUGAUAGUAUUGGCAGUGGGAAGCAUUUCUCCUGGGCUUCUUCAAGCUGCUAUCGGUGGAUUUUCAGCAUUCUUCCCUGAUUACCAGGAAAGGAUUGUUAGACAUGAAGCAGCUCACUUUUUAGUCUCAUACUUGCUUGGCUUGCCAAUUCUUGGUUACUCUCUGGACAUUGGGAAAGAACAUGUUAAUCUGAUUGAUGAGAGGUUACAAAAGGUGAUAUAUAGUGGGCAGCUUGAUGAAAAAGAACUGGACAGUACAUUAAAAAAUUUUAGAUUGGCUGUCAUCACAAUGGCGGGAUUAGCAGCUGAAGGUUUGAAAUAUGACAAAGUGGUGGGCCAAUCAGCAGAUCUCUUCACUUUACAGAGGUUCAUUAACAGGAGUAAACCAAAACUUAGCAAAGAUCAACAGCUGAACCUUACCAGAUGGGCUGUUUUAUUUGCUGGUUCUCUGUUAAAGAAUAACAAGGAUGCUCACGAAGCUCUGAUGUCGGCCAUGUCGAAGAAUGCUUCUGUUGUAGAGUGCAUCGAGGCAAUUGAGAAAUCUGCUUAAUAAACUCAGUUGAUCAAAUGAUUAUUCAUUUCACUCAUCAUAAAACUUGCUGAUAUGCAAUGCAAUUCUUUGAGCAUAUCAAUCUUUCUGUUUGUUUUGUACCAGAAACAAUUUACUUGUAAAUUUUCAUCUUGUGCCAAGUGUCAUAGUGCUGUUAAAAACUUAAAUAUCAGUGUUCUCAUUUUGCUUCAA